GCCGCCGUCGUGUUUGCAGUGAUGUGUGAGUGAUGUGCGGGGUGGGAGUGUGCGCGCGGGCAGGCCGGGCCCCGGUGGCCGGGGGGCGGGGGCAAGGGCGGGGGCUGGCUACCGCCGCCGCCGCCGCCGCUGCCCGCCCCGCCAGUACCUCCGUGGCAGCCGGUGAGAGAGGUUCGCCGCGAUGCCCCGCCGGCCCGCCGUCUCGGCCCUCCCGCUCCUCGCCCUCCUGGUGGGGGCGGCAGCGGAGGAGGACAGCGCUUACUUCGCGGACUGGGGAGUGAUCGGGGGACGGCCCCAGGAGCCCACCUGCGUGGACAUCCCGGAGAACAUGCCGCUGUGCUCCGGCAUCGACUACAACAAGAUGCGGCUGCCCAACCUGCUGGAGCACGACACGCUGAAGGAGGCGCAGCAGCAGGCCGGCUACUGGGUGCCGCUGCUCAACCUGCGCUGUCACCCCAACACGCAGCUGUUCCUGUGCUCGCUGUUCACGCCCGUGUGCCUGGAGAGCCCCAUCCCGCCCUGCCGCAGCCUGUGCGAGGCUGUGCGCCAGGGCUGCGAGAGCCGCAUGCAGACCUACAGCUUCCCGUGGCCCGACAUGCUCAACUGCGACAAGUUCCCGCUGGACAACGACAUGUGCAUCACCGUGCAGCACACGGGCGCGCCGGGACCCGAGAGAGUGCAAGAUGAAGGGUGCCAGACCUGCAGCCCCGUGGAGACAUACGAGAACAUCUUAGACAACUACUGCCGGGCCGACCUGGUGAUCAAGACCAAGGUUAAGAGGCAGCGUAAGGGCAAGCUGUACCUGAAGAAGUCCAAGCGGGUCUACAAGAACAGGGGAGGCGAGGAGGACCGCCGAGCUCUCCGCCGCCUCCGCUUCACCCUGACGGAGGAGGCUUCGUGCUGCAACCUCGCGCCCUCCAGGAAGUCGCACCUCAUCAUGGGCCGCCGCCAGGGCUCCACGUACAUCCCCACCUUCGUCAUGCUGUUCAAGAAGUCUAAGCCACUCCGCCAGGCCAUGAAGACCUUCCGGCAGGGACUCAACUGUUCCGACCCCAACCUGAUUACCAGCAACCUGGAGGGCACGACGCUGAGCCAGGAGCCGCAGGAGACCACCUCGGACGCCCGCCCCAGGAGCUCCGGCCGCUGCAUCUCGCGGUGCCGCAAGAGGUGCCUCAAGAAGUGCAAGAAGACCCGUGGAACAAACUGCGCCGGGACCUGCGGGAAGACCUGCCGCGGGACGUGCCGCCGGCGAGCAGGGAGCAGCGGGCGGGGGCGUGGCAGGAGAGGCAGGGGAGGGAGUCGCCAGGGGGGUGGGGGGCGUCAAGGUGGUGGGGGUCGUCAGGGAGACCCCAACGCCCAGCUGCCUCGGGACGGCUCGCUGCCCCCGUGGGUCAUGACCGAUGAGAUCACUAACUUUGCCCCGUCAGACAUUGAGCGACCCCAGCCAGCCCAGGGGGAAAACUAACGCUGCCACAGCUGUCCACACAACCCCCUGGAGCAUGGCCGAGGCGAGGCAGCCAUGUAGGCGUGCCAGGGAGGGCAUUCGCUGCGGGGUGACCAAUGAAUCAUUCUUGAGGCUUUUAAAACCCGACGGCUGUGCACACACGCCCCAUUGUUUGUGUGCCCAGCGACCAAAGUUAAUUUCUUGAAACUGGCACCAGGUUUUGCAUCACUCUCUGUCCACUUGGGUGUGUUUGUAGGUCUGUAGGCUUCCUCUCAUUUAGUAUUCAUAUCAGAGAAGAGCUACUCUGAAAAAUAUUGAGCUGAGGCAUCUAAUUGAACUACAGUCAAAAUAAUCAUUUGUAAACAUUCUUCAGAUAAAAGUUUGUUUAGUACGCCCAAGCUCAGUAUUCAGGAGCAGUUUGUGUCUUUGUAAUAUGUUUAUCAAUUUAAAGAAUGGCUACAGACAUGCUAACAUUCCUCAUUUUAGGAACGCAGAAAACAAAUUCCCCUAAAAUCAAAUAAAUUAGUCCUUGUAAUGAAAUGUAGUGAGGAAAAAUAUUUAUAUUGUCACUCAUUCACAUGGAAAGACUAAACCCACUCCAAGGAGUCACUUGCUAAGUAGUUUUGCAGGUGUUGCGUAUUUAUCUCGCCUCCGCAAUUUUUGAGUCACGGCAACAAAUACUCAAACUCUAAGUUUACAUUUUUACUUCACAUGAGAAUUACAAGCUGCGGAAAGUAAUCCACUUAGUCCCCAACCCGCUGGCUGUCCGGCGCCAGCAGUGUAUAUAUCUCCAUGUAUAUAAGAGAAGACUUUAAGGUAGUGAAGCCACAGGGCAUGUAGAGGGCGUGGGGGGCGUGGCAGGGUGGUGGGAGUGGCGGGGUCCAGCUGACACGCCCUCUUAAUGUAGUGGUUAGUUGUCUAAGCAAACACCGCGAGUCUUUGGGAUGCGAAAGUUUGGAAACGAAACCCAGACAGUGAUUCUCGAGUGCCAUUGUCCCUUAAAUGGCUGUUUCAGGAGACGGUAAAGUAGAAGCAGAGUUAAAGAGAUACAGAAUGGAUUUUGACAACAGCGGCUGCAUCCUAAAUAUAAAACAAAAAAUUGAAGAUGACGUCCCAGAAGAAUGAAUAAGACUCGCGGCGUUGAAUCUUAACUUACACAUAAAACAGAGAAGAAAAUGUUCACUUUCAUUUGCAUUCACAUUACCGUCACAUUGAUGUCACCGUCACUGCAUUGAACGGCAUAGUCAUGGUAAUACUAUAGCGUGCGUGUGUGUGUGUGUUUGUUUGUGUUAUCAUUAUUAUUAUUAUUAUUAUUAUUAUUAUUAUUAUUAUUAUUAUUAUUAUUAUUAUUAUUAUUAUUAUUAUUAUUAUUAUUAUUAUUAUUAUUAUUAUUAUUAUUAUUAUUGUUGUUGUUAUUGUUAUCAUUAUCAUUUUCAUUAGUGUAAUUGGUGUCAUUAUAUAUAUACUACAGUUGAUAUUACUUUUAAUAUUCAUAGAAGUUAUUAUUACUGUAAUCAUUGUUGGUGUGGUCACUGCAUUUUCUUCUUUUGUUUCUUUCUUUCUUUCCUUCUUUCUUUCUUUUGUCCUUUCUUUCUUUCCUUCCUUCCUUCUUUCUUUCUUUCUUUCUUUCUUUCUUCCUUUCUUCCUUGCUUUCUUUUUUUUGUUCUUUUUUUAAUUCAUUUUUCGUUCUUCUUUUUCUUCUUCUUCUUCUUCUUCUUCUUCUUCUUCUUCUUCUUCUUCUUCUUCUUCUAUUUCUUCUUUUUCUUCUUCUUCUUCUAUUUCUUCUUUUCUUCUUUUUCUUCUUCUUCUUCUACUUCUUCUUCUUCUUCUUCUUCUUCUACUUCUUCUUCUUCUUCUUUUUCUUCUUCUUCUAUCUUUCCUUCUUCACAUCAAUAUUACCACCAUCAGCACCAUUAAAUUCACCAUUACAAAUUGUCAAACUACCAUUAUUAUUAUUAUUAUUAUUAUUAUUAUUAUUAUUAUUAUUAUUAUUAUUAUUAUUAUUAUUAUUAUUAUUAUUAUUAUUAUUAUUAUUAUUAUUAUUAUUAUUAUUAUUAUUAUUAUUAUUACUCUUAUCAUUCUUGUCAUCCUCAUCAUUAUUAUCGUAAGCAUCACCCUCUGUGUUUCCGUAGCUAAGUGUCUGAAGGUGUAAUGUAUCCGCCUCUCUACUCUUAAUUUAGCUCCUAUUAUAGUCGACACAAAUGUUAAGUCUGUUCGGGUGGGGCAAGAACCUCCUCACAGCUCUGCCACAUCACGCAUUCGGUUCCCACGGUAACUACUUCCACAGGCCGAGAAGCCGAGCCCAUUAAGAGGGAGCCUGCCUGACCUGACAACACCUAACACUUGGCCGUAAAAAUGAUUGCUCAGGCGGAUUCACUUAAUUGGGCUGAUGUCAACUCCACCAAUUAUACCUCCAUGGCCGAGAAGGAGAUCGGUCGGGUUGUAAUGUGUGUGUGUUUUAGGUUCACGGUAUAGAAGAAGGGUCAGACUACCACCAGGGUCAUAAAACUACCCCUGGAAAUGAUGCCCCUCGCACAACUCCUACGAAAGUCUUGUCAAAUAUGUGUGUUUUAGGUUCACGACAUAGAAGAAGGGUCAGACUACCACCAGGGUCAUAAAACUACCCCUGGAAAUAAUGCCCCUCACAACUCCUACGAAAGUCUUGUCAAAUAUAUGUUUUUUAGGUUCACGGUAUAGAAAAAGAGUCAAACUACCACCAGGGCCAUAAAACUACCCCUGAAAAUGAUGCCCCUCACAACUCCUACGAAAGUCUUGUCAAAUAUGUAUGUUUUAGGUUCACGACAUAGAAGAAGGGUCAAACUACCACCAGGGUCAUAAAACUACCCCUGGGAAUGAUGCCCCUAGCACAACUCCUACGAAAGUCUCGUCAAAUAUGUGUUUUUUUAGGUCAUGGGACAGAGGAAAGGUCUAACUACCACCAGGGUCACUAAACUACCCAAAAAAAUGACCCAAGCUUUUAUGAAAGCCUUUUUAAAUACGUGAACUUGGGCGGCGAAAUGUCUAAGAAAAUGACCCUCAGUAAGAUUUGGCAACGCUGUGGCCAGGGAAUUCCCCGAAGCGCUCCGCCCAAACUGACUUGACAGCCGAGUCUGACUAUAGAGAUAAACAUGUUGAUAUAAGUGUAUCGUAAGCAGGCUUAUCAUUGUCAUAACUGUCAUGUAUUCCUUUAUGUAACGUGUGUGUGUGUGUGUGUGUGUGUGUGUGUGUGUGUGUGUGUGUGUGUGUGUGUGUGUGUGUGUACUAUACGUAUACACACAGGUGAGAGAGAGAGAGAGAGAGAGAGAGAGAGAGAGAGAGAGAGAGAGAGAGAGAGAAUUCCUCCCUAUAUAGCUGUCCCGAUGAGCGAGGCCGCGUGUGACUGUAUCUUGUGGCUGGCGAUAAAAUGCUAACCUUAGGAGA